UAAAAUCAAAAUGGCCACCCUUCUGUCGCCGAGGCAGUGCGAUAGCAAUCCUGCAACACCAGGAGCACAGUCCUUGAAGGAUGACACUGAAGAGAAUUCAAGUGACGGCAGCCAGGCGCCCAAGAGACGCAGAAUGGGUUCAGGAGACAGCUCGAGAAGCUGCGACACCACCAGCCAUGAACCGGGACCAACGUAUUUUCCUGCUGAGAAUCUGACCGAGUACAAAUGGCCCCCAGAUGAUACGGGAGAGUAUUAUAUGCUGCAAGAACAAGUCAGCGAGUAUUUAGGAGUCACCUCCUUUAAGCGGAAAUAUCCAGACCUGGAAAGGAGAGACUUAUCUCACAAAGAAAAACUUUAUCUUCGAGAACAGAAUGUCAUCACAGAGACACAGUGUACAUUAGGGCUUACAGCUUUACGCAGUGAUGAGGUUAUUGAUCUGAUGAUUAAGGAGUAUCCAGCUAAGCAUGCAGAGUACUCGGUUAUACUUCAAGAGCGAGAGCGGCAGAGGAUCACCAAAGAGUACUCAGUAAGCACUCUGAGCGCUCAAAUGCAACAGCAAAAUCCUCAAAAGGUCGAAGCCAGCAAAGUACCAGAGUACAUCAAGAAAGCUGCGAAAAAGGCAGCGGAGUUCAACAGUAACUUCAACAGAGAGCGCAUGGAGGAAAGGAGAGCCUACUUUGAUCUUCAAACACACAUAAUUCAGGUACCUCAAGGGAAAUAUAAAGUCCUCCCACCAGAAAGGACAAAGACUGGGCCCUACCCGGUUGCCCUCAUCCCAGGACAGUUCCAGGAAUACUACAAAAGGUAUUCUCCAAAUGAGCUGCGCUACCUGCCAUUAAACACAGCUUUGUAUGAACCUCCACUGGACCCUGAACUGCCUGCCCUAGACAGCGAUGGUGACUCGGAUGAUGGCGAAGAUGGAAAAGGAGAUGAUGCCAAGAAAAACAAGGGCUCCUCUGACAGUUCAACAGGAAAUACCUCUGAUGGAGACAGCCAGGACAGUGGGGUCCAGUCCAAAGGCAAAAGCAAAGACGCCACUCCACGCACCCUCCAACACAAAUCUGUUCCUGGGUACAAGCCUAAGGUCAUUCCCAAUGCUAUAUGUGGCAUAUGCCAGAAGGGUAAGGAGUCCAACAAGAAGGGCAAACCGGAGGCACUCAUCCACUGCUCUCAAUGCCAGAACAGCGGUCACCCGUCGUGUUUGGACAUUAGCGCAGAGCUGGUGGCGCUGAUAAAGACCUACCCGUGGCAGUGUAUGGAGUGUAAAACUUGCAUGGUGUGUGAGCAGCCCCAUCACGAGGAGGAAAUGAUGUUCUGUGAUAAAUGCGACCGUGGUUUCCAUACGUUCUGCGUGGGAAUGGACUCCAUUCCCUUGGGAUGCUGGGUUUGUGAUUGCUGCCACAAGGACUUUUCAUCACCUAAGAAAAAGCUCACUGGCAAAACGCCAAAAAAAUCCAAUAAGAUUAAGUAAUAUGUCAACCAGGUGCUGUGUGUGUGUGUGUGUUGGAUUUUGGCAAUUAUUUCUGUGGUUUUUUUUUUUAAACUGGAAGUAACCAUGCAAUCGUUUGUUUGUGUGUGUGGUGUGUGUCCCCUCCCCCCAAUUCCUUAUUUGGUAUUCUUAUGAACCACUUAGCUGUUUUGUUUUUUACUUUUUGUAAAAUAAAGUGCAAAAUGUCA